UUCCACACAAAACUCAGACUCCUCUGCAGAUUGAGCUUGCAGUAUCUUCAAUGGCACAUAGCACUGCUUCCAGUGACAGUGUUUAUCAACACAUUGCUAUCACUUCAUAUAAUUAUAACUCUUCAGAGAAUCAGUUUUUGUACUUUUCAUACCUUCAGGAUGAUGAUGCACAAACUGCAUCUAAAAGGGCCCUGAAAGAAUUUUCCGAGCUUCCACCACCUCUUGGGUUGAAAUUCACUUUGACUCCUGAAAUGAUGCAACCAAGUGAAGUUGCAGCAGCAAACAAGGUUGAGAAACUGAAGGCUGUGCAGUUUCCAAUGAACAUGCUCAGAAUCGGGUACUUUAUGAUUGAGGCUAAAUAUCCUUAUGAAUUGGUAGCAAAGUGUUAUUACGCAAGACAAAAGUUGAUGUGGGAGAUAUUACACGAUGGUUUGAAGUACAAAAUUGAAAUACAGUAUCAGAAUAUUUCAGCCAUUCGAGCUGUUAUCGAGGAACACUCACCUGGAGUUUUGGAAAUCGAGUUAGACAAAAUACCAUCAUUCUUUCGGGAAAUUGAACCAAAGCCCAAAAAACAUACAAUGUGGACCAUAUCCAAUGACUUCACCAAUGGUCAAGCUUCACAAUACAGGAGGCACUAUCUUGAAUUUCCACCUGGAGUUCUUGACCAACACUACAUGAAGCUAUUGCAAAGCGAUAAGCGAUUGCUAGAAUUAAGCAGAAGAAGUUUUCCAAGUUCACAUUCUGCUUAUUUUAAUUUGCAUUUAGAUGAAGGAACCACUCAAUUUUCUAUUGCUCAUGAUCUGCAUGACAUUGUCUACCCCUACUCCCUUAGCCUCUGAACAUGUGCUUUUGUAAUUCUCCAUGCUUCAUAUUUUUCGAUGAAAAACUUUUUCAUCUUUCUAAAUUUUCUUGCCAUUUAGUAAAAAAAAAGGGUGCAUUUCUUUUUCA